AUUUAUCUGACAUGUUUUUUCCAUCAGCUCUGACAAGAAUACAACUUUUUAGUUCGUAGACAUUUAACAAUCACCAUCUUAAGCAUAGGAAAUUAGCAAGGAUCGAUGUCCAAAGACAACCGCCACGAUGGGCGACGGCGUGGCGCUGGGCAGCACCGCCUCGGCCCGAGAGUUAGCCAAGGUGGGGACGGGAGAGAGAGGUCUGGCAGCAACAGCUCCGGCUCCUCUCAUGGAGGGGGCAAGAGCAAGAAUGCAUCCAUAACUGCUCUAAAGGCCUCUUUCCAGCGCUCCAACAGCCAUGACAAAGUGCGAAAGAUAGUUGCCGAAGAAGGCCGGGCGGCUCGUAACCUCAUCGCUUGGAGCGUACCUCUCGAAAACAAAGAGGAAGAAGCAAAGUCCAAAGGCAACUCCAGUGGCAGCUCCAGGUCUCAGAGGAUCAACUGUGGACAACAAAGAAACAAAAAACAGAAUGCUGGUUUGGAAACUAAAGCAGCCCUGCUGGAAAAGGGGACAGAAAAGAGUCCCACCAAGGCCAGGCAGCCCCGCAAGGUGGACCUGCGAGCUCGCUACUGGGCGUUCCUCUUCGACAACCUGCGCCGGGCUGUGGAUGAGAUCUACGUCACGUGUGAAUCUGAUCAGAGUGUCUUGGAAUGCAAGGAGGUGUUGAUGAUGCUUGACAACUACGUUCGGGAUUUCAAAGCUCUGAUAGACUGGAUCCAGCUUCAGGAGAAGCUGGAGAAAACAGAUGCCCAGAACAGGCCGCCCUUCUUAGCCUGGGAGGUGCGCAAGAUGUCACCGGGACGCCAUGUGAUGCCGAGCUCCACCACCGACAGGAUGGUUCCCUCUUCAGGGGCACGCCGCACCCUCAACUUCAGCGGUCCCCCAUCAGCUCUGGCUGCAGCUCGACUCUCCCACACAGGUCCCAGCUGGGCCGACCGGGUGAAGUGCUCUCAGUCCGUCUCAGCCUCAAGCCAACCGACCACAUUCCCCGCUGAGAAACCUGGUAAAAAAGAUGCCGAGGGUUGGAUGACCGUACAGCGGGGACGCACAGCCAAACCCCGCUCCGCCACCAUAGCCGCCAAGGUCAAUCCUGCCUCGGCUCACAUGGCACCAAAGCAGGAGAGCGCCAAGUGCAGCCAGUCGCAUCCGACACAGCAGGAAAAGCAGCAGCUCCCUCCCGGUAGCCCCCGGGACAAGGACGUGACUCAAACGGACAAUAAACAUCCAGUCCCUGCGGAACCCAAGCCCUUGGAGGAGGCUGAACGUCCAGUGAACGGGCACAUAAUGGAGCCCCCAGCAGAGAGCGUGCGCGACUCGGGGCAGUGUGUCGACGCACCCUGUGAAGACGCGCCUCCCCAUAUAGCAGCGCUCACCCCACCCCAAGCCCCAGAGUGCACCCCUUUCACAACCACACUCCCAUCAGCAGACAUGACCUUAUCAGUCCCAGUCCCAGUCCCAGUCCCCGCUCCGAACCUCGCCACGUCCCCAGAUCUGCCCCAGACGGACGGGCUCACUGCACUGUUGACCUUUGGGGACAGUGCGGCUGAGGGGGGCGCGUCUCAGGGCAUGGCCACAUCUGCUCCAGGACAGACUGAGGCUCCCAUGGCAGCGGUGAAACUGGAGAGUGUGCUGGACCCCACAGAGCUUUCUACUCCCCAGUCCAUGGCGGAGGUGCUCGCUAAAAAGGAAGAGCUGGCCGACCGGCUGGAGAAAGCCAACGAGGAAGCCAUCGCCAGCGCCAUCGCUGAGGAGGAGCAGCUGACCCGAGAGAUUCAGGCCGAGAACAACGAGCUGGAGACCGACAACGAGAGCGACUUCUCCACUGGCAUUGGCAAUGGAGGCUGUGGAGCCAACAUAGACUGGAGUGACAUGCUGGCAGAUUAUGAUGCUCGAGAACCGUGGCGUCAGAGUACCUCAUGGGGGGACAUGGUGGAAGAGGAACCUGCACGGCCUCCUGGACAUGGGAUCCACAUGCACGAGAAGCUGUCCUCACCGUCACGCAAACGGACCAUUGCAGAGUCAUGGAAGAAACAUGAGGAGAAGCAGCUGAAGGCGCAGCAGCUGAGGGACAAACUCCGGGAGGAGAAGGCACUCAAAGUGCAGAAGCUCUUGGAGAGGGAGAAGGAGGUGAGGAAAUGGAAGGAGCAGUUGUUGGAGCAGCGGCGGAAGAUGAUGGAGGAAAAGCUCCUUCAUGCAGAGUUAAAGAGAGAAGUACAACUUCAGGCAAUUGUAAAAAAGGCCCAAGAGGAAGAGGCCAAGGUGAAUGAAAUCGCUUUCAUCAAUACUCUGGAGGCUCAAAAUAAGAGACACGACGCUCUGGCGAAGCUAAAUGAAUAUGAACAACGCCUCAACGAACUGCAGGAAGACAGGCAGAGGAGGCAGGAGGAGAAACAGGCCAGAGAUGAAGCUGUGCAGGAGCGUAAGCGGGCUCUGGAAGCAGAGCGGCAGGCAAGAGUGGAGGAGCUGCUGACGAAGAGGAAGGAGCAGGAGGCUCGCAUCGAACAGCAGAGGCAGGAAAAAGAGAAAGCGAGAGAGGAUGCAGCGCGGGAAAGAGCCAGGGACCGAGAGGAGCGCCUGGCUGCUCUCAGUGCUGCUCAGCAGGAGGCCAUGGAGGAGCUGCAGAAGAAAAUUCAGAUGAAGCAUGACGAGAGCAGCCGCAGGCAUAUGGAGCAAAUCGAACAGAGGAAAGAGAAGGCUGCCGAGCUCAGCAGCGGACGACAUGCGAACACAGACUACGCCCCCAAACUGACGCCGUACGAGCGCAAGAAACAGUGCUCACUGUGUGGUGUUGUGAUCACCUCAGAGGUGCACCUGUUCAGCCACACCAAGGGCAAGAGGCACCAGCAGGCGGUUCGAGACAGCAGUAGCAUCCAGGGACGGGAGCUGUCCGACGAGGAAGUGGAGCACCUUUCCUUGAAAAAAUACAUCGUGGAUAUUUUGACAGACAGUUCCGUUUCUUCUGAGAGCAUGAAAGACGUAGAGGAGCGGCAGAAGGCGCGAAAGAAGGCGAAAAAGCUCCGUGCCAGAAUGAACUCCAGGGCCAAGGAAUAUGAGAUGUCAAUGGAGGCAAAGACUCAGGUCCUCGACUCUCCAUACAAAGCCAAGUUGCAGCGCCUGGUGAAGCAGCUGCAGGGCCAAGACAGCGGACAGUUGGCCAACAACAAAGCGUCUGGUCUGGACAGAACUCUGGGAGAGAUUUCCCGCAUCUUGGAGAAACAGAACAAUGCCGACCAAGUCGCCUUCCAAGUGGGCGGCGGCCUGUCGGCUCUGGAGCAGAUUCUGCAGGUCAUCACCGCUGCUUCCACACCCACUGCAGCAACCCGUAUACCUCUCAAGUCCCUCUGCGCUGCUGUAAACGUCUACUACCUGGCCUGCUCCUGCUGCACCCUCAACUGCUCCUACGUGCUCUUUAGCAACAAGAUAGUCCUCCUCAUGGAUCUGCUGCUGCAUCAGUUAACGCUGUACGUCCCAGACGAGGACAAGUCCAUUUUUGAGCGCAGCGUGAACAAACAAGUCUUUGAGGGCUUCACUUCGGGCCUCCUUCAGACUAUCGCGGCCAUCCUGGAGUCCCUGUGGCCGCCCAUCUCCGAGUCUGGCCAAGGUGAAAACGCAAGGAUUUCCUCCCCAGAUGCCAGGGUCAAGAGCUCUGCCGCAGAAUCCUUCAUCACCCGUACACAAGACUUAAUCAGCUAUGUGGUAAACAUGGGACUGAUCGACAAGCUGUACGGAUGUUUCUUAUCGGUCCAAGCUCCUGUCGACGACCACCCCAAGAUGUCUUCCUUCCUGCAGCAAGCCUCGGCCCUGCUGCACAGCAUGUGCAAGCUGUGCUUCGUUGUGACCGGACGUUCUCCCGGUAGUUUUGACAAUAAACGCCAGGACCCGACAGGCCUGACGGCCCUGCUGCAGUCCACUGACCUGGUGGGAGUGGUGCACACCCUGUACUGCAUCCUGCUGCACAGCUUCGUUCCCGAGUCGGCCUUGCAGAGCCAGGAGCCCUACGCGCCCAGCGUCAUCCAAGUAGCUUUACAAGGCAUCCGCUUCCUCAACAGCUUUGCCCUCCUCGACCUGUCUGCCUUUCAGUCUGUCCUAGGAGCCGAGGGUCUCUCCCUGGCUUUCCGGCACAUCGUCAGCUCCCUGCUGUGGUAUUGCACUCAGCACCCCGCUGAGGAGCUGCUGCACGAAGUCAUCAUCUGCGUGGGAUAUUUCACUGUGAACCACCCCGAUAAUCAGGUGAUAGUGCAGUCUGGCCGCCAGCCCAGCGUGUUGCAGAAACUGUGUCAGCUGCCCUUCCGGUACUUCAGCCACGCACGGCUCAUCCGAGUGCUCUUCCCCACCCUCAUCUCCGCCUGCUACAACAACCCGCACAACAAGGUCAUCCUGCAGCAGGAGAUGAGCUGUCUGCUGCUCGCCACCUUCAUCCAGGACUGUGCUGCAAAUGAGAAGGAGUCAGAGAGCAAAACUAACAAAACGGUUUCCCAGCCUCUGGAUUACUGUGAACUGUCCAACCGCUUUCCCAGAGAUCAGUGGGACUCGGCGCUCAAGUUUUUCCUCAAUAAGCACGAGGAGUGAAUAAUAACCCAUCACAAAGACUCUGACACGCUGGAGGUUUCCUUGAUUUUGUCGGUUUCUUUCUCCACGACUUAAAGUCUGCACAACAGUUCCAUGUUUUCUUCGGCCUUAUUUGUAUGUUGGCGCCUCUGUUUUGAUUUCAUGGAAAUCAGAUUGAUGGUUGAAUUUUGCACAAAAUGUCUUAUUUGUGUUGCAGUUGAAACAGAUUCACAUCAAGUCCAUGUCGACCCUGAAAAAGCCAUGUUUUUCUUUUUUUUCUUUUUCCUGCUGUAGAUAGAAAUGGUUCCACUUUCCGAGCAGUUCCAGUCUAAACCUGAAACAUUUACUCUUCCUGUCAUUUUUAAGUUUGCCAAACAUUUUCAUCUGUGCAUUUUUUGUUAAUUUAUUAUAAAAUAACUAAUUUCUGAAUGUGAAAGACCAGAAUGUUGUUUUCUAGUCUGCAUAAGGCCAGUUCUGUGUUAAAUGACCUGCCUUGAUUGCGAAUAUGUUUCAAGAUUCACUCCUUGUUUGAAGGCACUUUGUUACUGUAGGAAGGAUUUGUCAGGAAUUAUUUACCUUCAUUGUCAAGAAUAAAAGUUAUAUGGUUGUUUUUUUGUUUUAUAAAUUUUGUUCUGUGCACAAUAAAAACAUUUUAAUAUAACUGUCACUUCUAAACAGUCGUUUCCAUUAUUGUUUGAUUUUUUGGAGUCCUAUGCUGACUGAUAUGUUUACAGGAUUUCUGGUUUCAUGGGUGAUUUGGGGAAAAAAGUAAUAAACAUGUAUACAUAUAUGUAUUGACAUUAAAUCCUUUUUGUGUUCUGGUUUCUUGGUCCAAUUGCAUCUCAAAAAAUUAAACUCGAUUGGAAUUUUAUUUCUAAUUUGAUUCAAAAAGUGAACCUUUCACAAUUUUUUUUUUUAGCACGCCUGAAAUAUGUUAAUAUGAGAUGAGCUAAGAAUAUUUCACAUGAGUCAAAAACUGAAAAUAGUGUUUGAAAGUAUUGCUAUAUUUUAUAGUUUUGUACAUUACAUAUUUUAUAUUUAAAAAAACUUGAACUUGUCUUAACAACUGGACAAACCUUCAAAUUUUUACUGCAGCUCAAAAUGAGAAGAAUGUCGAAAAAUGAAAUGAAAACUUUCACUGAGGCAAACUGCUGAACUGUCCUUCAGCUUGUCUGUUCAUUUGGAAACAUCUGGAAAA